AUGCUAAAUGCAUCAAACAUUGACACCUUUCUCAUAGCCAUUGACAUAGUUCACAGAUGUUUCUUUCACUUUUGUGAAGAGAUCAAUGCCUUUAGUUUUUUGGAAUUAGAUUCAUAUUAUCGUUUUACUGUAGAGGCUGAUGGGCCUACAAAGGAUAUGACAUUAAUCACAAAUUAUACUGGUGAUAUGGAUUACAUUACAAAUCGGGAACAAGAUGAUUGUAAUAGCAUGAUGACCCUUCUUCUAGCAAAGGACCCAUCUAACAACCUUCUUAUCUGUCUUGAUAAACGUGGAAACAUUGCUCGCUUUAUUAAUGGCAUUAACAAUCAUACUCCGGAGGGUAAGAAGAAGCAGAAUCUUAAGUUUGCGAGGUAUAGUGUAAAUGGUGAAUGUCAGGUCAUUUUGGUUGCUACUUGUGAUAUUGCCAAGGGGGAGAGGCUAUAUUAUUAUGACUAUAAUGGAUAUGAGCAUGAAUACCCAACCCAUCAUUUUGUCUAA